AUGGAGAACACUAAGGAGACAAGAGCGGACACGGUGAAGGCACAUUUAGAAGCGAUUGAUCAGUGCAAGGAAAAAAAGGAGAAGUAUGUAAAAUGUUUUAAUAACUGGUAUAAAAAUAAUUUCCUCAAGGGUGACCUAACACAAGCGUGCGAUGACUACUAUGAGGACUAUCAAAUUUGUGUGCUGAACGAUCUUAAUAAGAAAGGGUUGGGGCACCUGACGAAUUUGCCGAAGGGGAAGUGA